AUGCCCACGAGGGGCACAGGGUUCCCCACCUGGCACAGACUGUUCCUACUCUGGCUGGAGAGGGAGAUCCAGAUAGAGAUCAUCCCCAUCUGUGAUCCAACUGUAUCAUCUAAUGAAGCUCUGCGUCGCUGUCCAAAUGCUGCUCUCUGCAAAAUGGACAAUCCAAACUGGCCCAGCACCGCUGACGUUAAAGAUGCAGUCUCUAUAGACACUUACGAUGCUUAUCCUUAUAACAGAUCUGUCAAGGGAGUGGACACUAGUUUUCGUAACUACAUGGAGGGGUUCAUUGUCGACCCAGAUAAUUGUGACGAGGACACAUUGUGCAGCCCACAAGAAGGAAAAAGGGCACAUGAAGAUAUUACCAGAAAGCUUCACAACACGGUACACAUAAUUCUAGGUUUGGGGAACAUUAAGGUCCGUCUGCAUUGCACAAUACUUCGAGAUGUUAAGGAUCCACCACCAUUUGAACAACAAGGUGUAAUGUCGUGUGUAGCGGCUUCUCCGAAUGAUCCAAUCUUCGUCAACCACCACGGAAAAAUCGAUUUCAUCCUGGAAGAGUGGCUGGUGCAAAACAAAGACAAUCUCUCCUACCCACAAGAUGACAGAAUCCGCCAAGGCCACAGAGGAAACGACUACAUAGUUCCAUUCAUCCCUCUCUACACCCACGAGGACAUGUUCAAAACUGCGGACAAUUUCGGUUACAAAUACCUCGAUACUGGAGGCACUGGGUGUCCCCGCUCACGCAAACCCGCGGUGGUUGCGGUAGUGAACGCCAUCAUUCCGCUACCCUGCGCCAAUGUCGAGGAUCUCAGAGCUCGAAAAUGCUGCCCUACUCCCGACUACCUCGGCCAGAACGCCGGACCUUGCGGAUCCAAACUCCCGGAGUCCAGGGGCAGCUGCAAGGCAAUCGAAAUCCCAGAAUCGGAAUACAAUUCCUCUGAAAAAGACGUGCGAAAAAAGUGGCCGAUCCAGUACUUCAAAUUCACUGAUGACCCACAAGUCGUGAAGGACUCCUUAGUCCAACCCACUACCUACGACCUGUUUGUGUGGCUCCACCACUUUGUGGCCAAAGAUAAUGAUAUCACUCUGAACAGAGAUGGUUUUACUGACUAUGCCCACGAGGGGACAGGAUUCCCCACGUGGCACAGACUGUUCCUACUCUGGCUGGAGAGGGAGAUCCAGAUAGAGACCAAUGAUCACACCAGAGAGAGAGUAUCUUCACUCGAGACAAACUUGGGGAGCACAUCUGUCAAGGGAGUGGACACUAGUUUUCGUAACUACAUGGAGGGGUUCAUUGUCGACCCGGAUAAUUGUGACGAGGACACAUUGUGCAGCCAACAAGAAGGAAGGGCACAUGAAAACAUCACCAGAAAGCUUCACAACACGGUACACAUAAUUCUAGGUUUGGGGGACAUUAAGAAUGCCCCUGCUGAUUUUAAAGAUCAAGGUGUAAUGUCAUGUGUUGCUGCUUCUCCAAAUGAUCCAGUCUUCAUCAACCACCACGGAAAAAUUGAUUUCGUCCUGGAAGAGUGGCUGGUUCAAAACAAAGACAAUCUCGUCUACCCACAAGAUGACAGAAUCCGCCAUGGCCACAGAGGAAAAGACUACAUAGUUCCAUUCAUCCCUCUCUACACCCACGAGGACAUGUUCAAAACUGCGGACAAUUUCGGUUACGAAUACCUCGAUACUGGAGGCACUGGGUGUCCCCGCUCACGCAAACCCGCGGUGGUCGCGGUAGUGAAUGCCAUCAUUCCGCUACCCUGCGCCAAUGUCGAGGAUCUCAGAGCUCGAGAAUGCUGCCCUACUCCCGACUACCUCGGCCAGAACGCCGGACCUUGCGGAUCCAAACUCCCGGAGUCCAGGGGCAGCUGCAAGGCAAUCGAAAUCCCAGAAUCGGAAUACAAUUCCUCUGAAAAAGACGUGCGAAAAAAGUGGCCGAUCCAGUACUUCAAAUUCACGUGCGUCUGCAACGAGACAUUCGGCGGCGUGGACUGCGGAGAGUGCAGCUACGCCUACAACGACAACACAACCGAAUGCACGACGAAGACAUUGUUUCCUCGUUUACCAGUCUCCGAAAUGUCAUCAAAUGACUGGCGGGUCUAUCAUAAUGCUCUAAGGUCUAUCAAGGGCUCUCCGGCGCGUUACAUGGUGGCUACAAGCCCUUUUAGUGAUGACCCACAAGUCGUGAAUGACUCCUUAGUCCAACCCACUACCUACGACCUGUUUGUGUGGCUCCACCACUUUGUGGCCAAAGAUAAUGAUAUCACUCUGAACACAGAUGAUUUUACUGACUAUGCCCACGAGGGGACAGGGUUCCCCACCUGGCACAGACUGUUCCUACUCUGGCUGGAGAGGGAGAUACAGAUAGAGAUCAGUGAUCACACCUUUAGACUACCAUACUGGGACUGGACACAACCCUCGCAGAGAGAGAGUAUCUUCACUCGAGACAAACUUGGAGAGCACCUGAACGGAGAAGUGGUGGGAGACCUUUUCACUAACUGGGAGACCCACUGUUGGGAGGACAUCACGGGAAAGAGUUACCCAAUCCCCAUCUGUGAUCCGACAGUAUCGUCUGGUGAAACUCUCCGUCGCUGUCCCUGCGACACGUUCUGCAAGAAAGACAAUCCCAACUGGCCCAGCGAGGCUGACGUGAAUGAUGCACUUGCCGUUAAAACCUACGAUGAUAAGCCGUAUGAUAGGUAUGUCCCGAGUCGGGACAAUAGCUUUCGCAACUUCAUGGAGGGAUUUGUUGUCAAUCCGGAUGACUGUGGGAGUGACCCUCUCUGUAGUAUUGGAAAGGUUAAUAUUACCAGAAAACUACACAACUCGGUACACAUACUUCUUGGUGUGGGAGAUGUUAAGGAUCCGCCACCAUUUGAAUACCAAGGUGUAAUGGCGUGUGUAGCGGCUUCUCCCAAUGAUCCAGUCUUCAUCAACCACCAUGCCAACAUUGACUGCAUCCUGGAGAAAUGGCUGUGGGAAAAUCCCAACACACCUUACCCACAAUGCUACAAAAUCCGCCAAGGCCACAGAGGAAACGACUACAUAGUUCCGUUCAUCCCUCUCUACACCCACGAGGACAUGUUCAAGACUGCGGACAAUUUCGGCUACGAAUGUUCAACUGGCUCUUCCUACCCCCUGCAGUUGCACGCUUACAACUCCAUCAUUAUUGGGAUGACUGCAGCAAGCGUUGGUCUUAUUAUGCAUGUGCUCUAAGACUGUAUUAUAGUAGUGGGAACAAGGUACAUCUUGAACUCGUUGAACAGAAAUAAUUGUUAAAGAGAUAAAAGUAGGAGCAGUUUUCAGAAAAAUCCUC